GUUCAAUACGGGCACUCUUGAAGUAUCAGAUAGAGGUUGUAGACAGAAGCGCUUGUAAAACUUUCAAUUGCGUGUCCGAAAAAUGUUGGCGAAAUCAGUCACAAUGUUUAGAACAAGUUGUCUCUUGGCGAGCUUAGUGCCUGUAAGCUUAGCCCAGGAGAUAAUAUUCGAAUGGAAUUACCUAAACUUCAGUUGGCAAUCGGCAAAUGUCUACGAGCAGGCGGUCAGCGAUAAAUCAUACAUCCCCGAGAACAACAUAAUCUCGGGUAUCAAAGUGAACCGAGAUCGAGUUUACUUAACUCUGCCGCGUUGGAAAAAUGGCGUGCCGGCGACUCUGGUCUCGAUCGCACGUACGACAGAGCAGAAAACACCUCUGCUCGAGCCAUAUCCCAACUGGGACAUGCAGAAACUCGACGACUGCUCGGCGCUGCAGUACGUGCAGAGUAUGGAAAUCGAUCCGGCAAGUCGAAUGUGGAUACUGGAGAACGGACGGACCGAAUUUCUGAGCGACAAUCCCAGAAGCAAAUGUCCAGCCCGACUGAUCAUUCUCGAUCUCCUGAACGACGGCCAAGUGCUGCUGGACUAUCAGUUUCCCGCUGACGUGGCGAGGCGCGACUCGGUGAUCCUCGACGACAUUGUGCUGGAUCACGAGGACGGCGGCUGGGCUUACAUAACCGACUUCGACGCCGAAUAUCCGGGCAUCAUCGUGUUCUCGCUGCGGAACCGGACGUCCUGGAAAGUGACGCACCCGCGAUCGAUGAGAAGCAGCGACGAAGCGAGGGAGUUCCGCGUCGAAGGCACGACCUUCCAGCUGGACGGCGCGGUCGACGGCAUCGCGCUCUCGCCGGCGUCCGCCUCAGGCGAUCGCACGCUCUACUAUUCCCCGCUGUCGUCCUUUGAGCUGUUCUCGCUGCCCGUGAGCGCGCUGAGAAGCCGCCACCUCGCCGGCGAGAUCGACGAGUACGUCGAGACCGUCGGCAAGAAGUCGUCGCAGACCGACGGCAUGCAGAUCAGCGCGACCGGCGUCCUGUAUUACGGUCAGCUUGGCGAAAGCGCGGUCGAUCAGUACGACACUCUGGCGGCGCCGUCGAGCUUCGCGGACGAUCGGCGGGUCUUCUAUCGGAGCAGCGAGCUCAAUCAGUGGCCCGACUCGUUCUCCAUGUGCGACAAAGGUUGGCUUUGGUGGACGAGCAAUCGCAAGCAGAACUUCCUCGGCGGCAACGUCGACUUGGACUCGCCCAAUUACCGCGUGAUCGCCAAGGAAGCCUCCGGCAAGAGUUAUCAGUAUUUCGAGGAUGGCACUCAUCCGGAAUUGCCAACGAUCGCGGAUGAGUAAGGCUUUGUCCGUGUGUAAGCUGCCGAAUAAAGAACUUUCUGCGCGUCGAAUGUAACUCAUUGCCCGACCUCUGCGCGUGUAUGUUCAACUUCUUUAUU